AUGGAGCAAUUCAUCACACGACUUAAGAUACUUGCAAAUGAUUGUUCUUAUGGCGAAGCCUACAAGGAAGAUUUGAUUAGAGAUCGAAUCGUGUUCAGUGUAAAGUCGUCCAAAAUUAGAGAGAAGCUUUUGACAGUAGGUGAGAAACUAACAUUGGCGAAAGCUGUUGACAUAUGUCAAACUGUAGAAUAUGCACAAGAGCAAAUGAAUAACAUGCAAGAAUCGUCUUCUAUUUACUUUGUACGGAAAACUACUCACAAAAAAGAGGAAUCGAGAAAACGAGAUAUAAAGUGCAAAGGCGGGUCGCGGAAAUCAACGGAAAACAAGCCCGAUGUCGCGCACAAAUCGUGCCAAAACUGUGGUCAAUUCCAUGGAGACAAACAGUGUAAGGCGAAGGGAGUGCAAUGCCGAAACUGUAAAAAAUGGAAUCACUACGCGAGGGUGUGCAGGAGUAAACGUGUCAAUGAAGUGAGGGCUGAUGAUUCAUCUGAGGAUAUUUACAUUGAUACAGUAAUUAGUGCUGUGGACAAGAUGUGCAAUCAGGCAUUUGUGGAUAUUAAAACUGGACCUCUUGGGAAACAAAUUUCUUUCAAGAUAGACACUGGCGCACAGGUGAAUAUUUUACCUCAUUUUGCAUUGCAACAAUUAGGUGUAAAAACCGCACUCUGUUCCUCUGUAACGAAGCUCACAGGUUAUAAUGGCAACCCUUUAGUAUGUCUAGGUUCCAUUACCCUGCAGUGUACCCAUGAACCUUCUGCACAGACCAAGUAUGUAGAAUUUCAUGUAGUAGACACCCAGUCACCACCCUUGUUUGGUUUUCAGACUUCCAUCGAUUUUGGCCUAGUUAAACUCGCACAUGCUGUCACUUCCAAUUAUGUAUCCUCCCCGCUUAACAAAACAGCAGUGCUGAAUGAAUAUUCCCAGGUUUUUAAGGGCAUUGGCUCUAUUCCAGGGCAAUGUUCUAUUUAUCUGAAACAUGAUGCUAAACCUGUGGUUCAUCCUCCACGUAGGAUUCCUGUUGCAUUACGAGAUAAAUGCAAGAAGGAGCUAGAAAAGAUGGAGAAAUUGGGGGUCAUUACAAAAGUAAGUGAGCCUACUGAGUGGGUCAAUUCAAUGGUGACAGUACAGAAAAAAUCAGGUGACUUGCGAAUAGUACUUGAUCCGGGUGACUUGAACAGAAACAUUCAACGUCCUUAUCAUCCGACAAAAACACUGGAUGACAUACUUCCCCAGCUAAAUGGUGCUACAUUUUUUACAAAAUUAGAUGCUAGGUCAGGUUACUGGGCCAUGCAUUUGACAGAGAAGUCUUCCAUGUUGACUACAUUCAAUACCAUAUUUGGGAGGUACAGGUAUCUGAGGCUUCCAAUGGGUAUUUCGUCUGCCAUGGAUCUGUUCCAAAAGAAAAUAGACGAAAUAUUUGAGGGUCUCCCAGGGGUAGCUGCCAUAGUAGACGAUAUUUUAGUAUAUGGCAAAACAAGGGAGGAGCAUGAUGCGAAUUUGAGAGCAGUGCUCCAAAGGUCACUAGAACAAGGUAUACGCCUUAAUCCAGAUAAGCUGGAGGUUGGGCAGUCCCAGAUUAGUUAUUUCGGUCAUGUGAUAUCUAAACAAGGUCUUAGCCCAGAUCCAGACAAGGUGUCUGCAAUUCGAGAAAUGCCUAUCCCGGAAAAUAGGUCACAACUCGAAACGGUACUUGGCAUGAGUCAGUAUCUCGCUAGAUAUGCACCUAGGCUAUCUGAGGUCACUUUGCCCUUACGAGAAUUAUUGGCGAAAGAUGUAGAAUUUCUCUGGGUGAAUCACAGCAGCAAGCUUAUGAUCAGAUGA